CGUCGAAUCUUCCUUCAUGAACUCCAAGAAUACAUCAGGUUUUGGAGUGGAGAGUCUCGAGCGGGAAAAUGGAAACGGGCUGCGUCGAGUGUUUGUUAUGAAAAUAUUUUCAAACAGUAGAGGCAUUUAACGCAGUGUUGUGUUUUUACUUUAGUGUUUUAACCAAGGGACACUUAUAAGUAAUGUUGGCGGGAUAACUAGCUGGUUUAGCCGAGUUUAGGGCUGUAAACGUUAGAAGGAUAAGCUCCAUUAUGAAGCACGAUUCUUUCUCCAGGUCAAAGGACAGAGAUUCAAAACUGGACGGACAUAAAAGUGCAGCAUCUAAAAGUAAAAUUAAACCCACAUGUGAUGUUCUUCAGAGCAAACCUUUUAAAGGUAGAAUAUUUUACUUGGAUCUACCAUGGAAUAUGAAAACACAACUCUUGGAAAAUGACAUCAAAACACUUGGUGGUACAGUGGAAAAGUUCUUCAGUAAGGAGAUCAAAUAUCUUGUGUCCAGUAAGCCAGAGGCACGUUAUGCCCAGCGUCUCCUGCCCGACUCUCCUGCUCCCAGUCCAGAUUCAGGUGUCAGUUCCCCUCAUCCCAGCAGCAGGAGGGAAAGUCAUGGGCACAGGGGCAGUUCUCAGGGAGUCACAGAUAUGGCCGCUGUAAGUCGAGGGAAAUCCCUUGUGGAGAGAGUCGUUAAAGAACAAGAACGUGUUCAGAUGAAUGGAAUCUUGGCAAAUGCUGUGGAAUGGGGGGUCAAAGUCCUACAUGUUGAUGGUAUUACUUGUGCCAUCAUUAUUAAUACUUGCAUUGUUAAAGAAGUAAGAUGUGGUAUCAGUUUUACAUGGUCUUUUAUGCUUGGCUUCCAAACAGAUGUUAUAUCUUAUGUUGACAAGAAGAAAUCAAAAAUCAUUGCAGUGAAUGCAGCUAAUCCAGUGGUGAAAGGAGCUGCCAGCAUUCAGCACACAGAGAAAAUUCUAUAUCACAGGCACAAUGCUGGAAGAAUUUGUCGACCAUUUGUGAAAGUAGAAGACUCAAGCAGACAUUAUCGUCCCAUCUACCUUCCACUGUCCAACAUGCCUGUGUGCAACGUCCGGUCUCUUCCACCUUGCAGUCCGUUCCUGAUGGAUGAACAUGGAAAGGAUGAUCCAAAGAAGAGACACAAAGAGCAAAGGUCUGGAGGGGAACGAGGAGCCAGAGGAAAGAAAGAGAGGCGCAGAGGACAUGAAGGGAGAGAAAAGAGGAAAGGAGGGUACUGUGAGUGCUGUGGGGUCAAAUUCGAGAACCUAAAGGGGCACCUAGAGAGCAAGCAGCAUCAGGCUUUCUCUAAGAGUGAUGAGUACGGAGUUGUGGAUCGAGUCACUGCUGGACUGACCUGCAACCUUAUUAACAUUGGCACGCACUGCAGAAGGGUGAAAUGCAGUACGUCAACCCCUGUUCUGUGUGCUGGAGCCAUGUUGCCAGUAAAAGAAGAUGUGGGAUCUGUGAAUGGUGGUUGGAUGCAGGAAAGCGAGGGGUCUUUGCUUUGGAGCUCUACUACAAAGCUACCUCUCUUGGAACAGACCAGAGAAAAACCCCUGUCGGUUCGCAAGCGCAGCAGGGGCCAGUGUGAAUUGCCUCAGAGCAAUAGGGAUAACUUAUUUGACCAGUCUGACAUUCCGGAGAAGUCCCAGUCCAAGCGUGGAUCCUUUGAGUGGGAAUUUCACUCGCGGAAAUCUGAAGCUGCAUCUUUUCUCAGCAGAGAGCAGAACUGUGACUCUAAUGCACUUGAAUCCAGGACAGAUCAACAAACCAGGACAAACCCUGACAUGCACACAGCCCAACAGUUUAGUGAAACAGAACGAGAAUUGUUAACAGGAAUUGAUUGCUUCAGGAGUAACUACUGUGAACUUUAUUCACAAAGUAUGCCAGAAAAUCGAGUCGGAAACUCUGCUUUUUGCCCUUUAACCUGCACAGAACCUGAACUGGACCUUGACAGCCCCACUAAUUCACUGCAACGAAAGGUUCGAAGUGUCAGAUCCAGAAGAAGAAAGCAAGCACCGACCUUGGACAUCAAAUCCAGUAAAGAGAGAGAAUCAUUAAGCUCUCUUUCACCUGUUAAACCUAUACAGGAGUGUGAGAACCCACCUGCUUCUCUCCUGGACCUCUGGCAGCUCUUUCAGUCCACUGACAACCUGGAUGAAGACUUUAAGGGUUUUUGUGAUGAGUAAGAGGAAUUGAACACAGACGUAUGUUUUAAAAAUUUUUACUAUGUCAAAUAAUAUAUAUUAAUAAAUCAGUUGUCUUUCAUUAGUA